GCUGGUUUGCUCUGCUUUGUGCGAGGACUCCAGAACGAUGCAUGUCGGGUCCAAGGCUUGUCCAUCAGCCUGUGACCCCUGAGCUCCCAGCGCUCAUACUAGCCUUAUUGUGAAAUUUUGGCGGCUUCUUGGAGUCACAGCGCUUUUUGCCGACACGAUGCCCUCGUCGCCGAGGUCGCCGCCUACCCGACGGGAGGGGAGUUAUGCGAACUUGGCUCGUGCGGACGCCGGGGAGCAGAUGAUAUCUACGGGCGGACGCAUCGUGCGGGCGAAGCGAUAUGGUGGUCGGUUUGGCAACGGAUUCCUCGACUUUCUCAAGACUUCUGAGCUUGCAGACUGUACUGUCGUUGGGCCCAACGGCCAGGAGUACCGCCUCCACAGCCUGCUGCUUGCAUACCACAGCGAGUUCUUCCGACGCGCCCUGGGCUCGGAGUUUGCGGAGGGCGCGGCGCGGCGUAUCGUGUUGGGGUUCGAGGACAGCGGCGACACGUGGCCUCUGCUGAUUGAAUACUUCUACACAGAGGAGAUCACCCUGACGGACGCGAACGUGCUGGCGCUGUUUGCGGCGUCCAGGGAGCUGCUCAUACCUGCCAUACAGGACUUUUGCGCCGACUUCGCGCAGAACAGCCUGGAGCCCAGCAACGCCCUGUCCUUCCUGCGCCAGGCCGUGCAGUACAACUGCGACGCCUUCCGCACCUCCUGCGUGACGCUGGUCGCCACCUCCUUCAACACAUGCUGCGGCAAGUCCACGGACGGACUGCCGGUGGAGGUGAUCCAGGAGAUCUUGGACCACCCGCAGUUGUUCGUACAGACGGAGGAGCAGGUGCUGCUGUUCGUACAGAACUAUGUACGGCGGCACCAGCUGGACGAUGCAACUGUACGGCAGCUGUUUCGGGGCGUACGGCUGCCGUUCCUGUCAAACGACCGGCUGGCGGCGCUGGCGGCGGAGACGCCUGGGCACGGGCCUCCCAUGGAGAUGCUCAUGGCCGCCAUGGCACAGCGGCUGCAGCUGCUAGACCACCCGGAGCGGCUGCAGCAGGCUACAACCGCUACAGCCGCCGCGGCGGCGGCGGCGGCGGCUGGCGGCUGCAGCGGCAUCCGCCCCGCCAGCGGCCCCAACCAACACGCCCUUGUUGCGGGACCUCUGGCGGCGGUUGCGGCGUCGGCCGCGGGCGAUGGCCGUGCGUCUGGGUUGCACAGCGGCUGUUCAGGCGCCGGCGGCGCCACGACGGCGAGCGGGGCUGUGGCUAGCGAGGACACGGCGGGGGCGCUGGUGGCGGCGCCGGGCAGCAGCAACUGCAACGGCGACACAGGCGGGCUGGCCAGCGGUAGCGGCGGCGGCGGCGGCGGCGUGGCGGCGGGGGGAGGUGGCGGUGGCGGCAUGCGGCUACUGGCACUGUUGAACACCAUGGCCGGCGGUGGCGGGCCGCCGGUGCCGCGCAAGACGUACGUGUGCAGCGUGGAGUACUCCCUGCCUGGCGGCAGCGAAUUCAUCUGCAUACCCAUGGAGCUGGUGUGGGAGGAGUUGGCCACGAACCUGACCGUGUGCAUGUCGGGCGACACAGUGGAGGGCGACGCCGACUCCAUCCUCCGCACCUCCUCCUCGGACUCCGACACCGGCGCCGGGUCCUGGUUCACGGUCUCCUCCGAGGACCCCAGCCGGCCCGUGUGGGUGGAGAUCGCCUUCCCGCCAUGCAUGCGCGUGGUCGAGCUGAGCAAAUACACCUUCAGCCAUGGCAUGAACAUGAUUGCCCACAUGUUCCCGUACGGCAUCAGCGACUCCAGCUGGUUCCAGAUGAAGGGCAUGUCGACGCACGUGAGCCCUGGCGACGAGGAGCCGUUCACGCCGUUGCGCACGCAGGACAGCUGCCAGCAGCACACGGAGUACGUGGUCACGGUGGAUCCCGCGCACAGCAAGCAGGUGGUGUGGCGGCGGCUGCGCAUCCUGGCGGGAGACGAGAACGCGCAGCAGCAGGUGCGGCUGAGCAUCCGCAAGCUCAAGUUGUAUGGGCGCGUGGAGGUGAGCCUGCUGCGAGACAGCCCGGGGCGAGACGUGGUGGCGGCCUGGCGGCGCCGCAAGGAGGCCGCCGCCGCGCCGCGCGCCGCGCACUUUGGGCUGCUGGGCGGGGCGUCCUUCAAACGCAACGUGGAGCAUUACUGAUACACAACAUACUUUGACAAUGGUACUAGGAAGGAUCAGAAACAGCCGCUGGAGAUGAAGGUUCGAUGGAGCGUGGGCUGCGCUCAGCAGGAUUGGGGUGGGGGCUGUCAGUGCUCUCCAUGCCUGUUGCGGGAUGCGGGGCAGGUGUGGGGCGCAGGGGUCAGAGAGGGGCUGAUACGAAUGAGGAACCGAUCGUGCUGUAGCAUGAGCACGCCGUAGUAUGCAGCGAGGCGGGAGAACGCAGGUCGGACAGAAGGGCGUAUUGCACAACGGAAACUCCAAGGACUUUUGCCGGCUUUAUUUAUGUGUUUCUGUGGCGCAGAGACGGCAGUUGCAUAGGAGGGAUCCCAGCAGAAACGUCUUUCUUGCAGCCCAUAUAGCCCGGGGCCAACAGGCAAUUGUGAGAGAGUACAAAAGAAGGUUCGUACAGCACGUGCUCGGCAAGCCGUGGCGCUUGCGCGACCUUUUCAUCCUAGAUCUUUCCCUUGAGAGGCAGAGCCAACCUGCCUUGCCAUCCAGAUCAUUGCAUUUGUGCACCUAUCCGGGGGCUGCCAUAGCAGAAGCCUGAGUUGCACGGUGACGCAGGCGUGUGGUUAUUUUUGGGGGUUUUCGUACCGUAGUUGUGCUGUGCUGUGCUGCACCCGAGCAUGGCGCUCCACUUAUAUUGACACGGGCUCUGACGUGAGUUGAAGGGGGGGUUGUAUGUGGGUAUCUAUGUGUGCGUGUGUUUGCGUUUUGUCCUUCUUACAUGCCGCGGUCGCGCGAUGGGAGAGUCGAAGGGGGGGCAUGCCAUACAAUGUAGAUGCGGCGUAUCGUGUGUGUGCGCGAUAUGCCAUGUGCACGGCAUGUGUUGAACGCUUCUCACGCCGUGCGCCCGGAUUGAACAAGUGCUCGUGUGGUGCCUUGGGGCACUGCGCGUGCGUUGCAAGGAGCCUUCGGAGAAAUAAGGGGAGGCAAAAUAGAAGUCCAGUUUUUGAAUUUCGGCAAAGGCGACGGGAUGCGCUUACGGACGUGAUGGCAGGCCUGCUUAUGUUUACGCCGGCCGUGCAUAUGGAUCGAGAAUUUUAUCGGAUGGCAGCGGAGGCGCUCAGUGAACGGGUCAGACCUUGGCUCGGGCAUGGGACGUGCUGCCUACUCACGCCCUCGUUGAUUCGCUUACCUGUGGUUGCUUAUGGGUUCAAGCUUUGGCGGUCCCGGCGCAAAGGAAUUCCCAGGAUGGGUCUGAGAGAUUACACGGGAGACAGUUGCGGUGUGGGUUGGUGUGCUUUUGUUGGUACUGCGUUUGGGAGGCAGCGGCGACUGCAGCAGCGGCAGGGCAGCUUGUGAAGCAUACAUUGGAAGUUGAUGAGUUGUAUGGACUUUCCCUUGGCCAUGCAGGGCAUCCGCGAAGGGAGCGGGCUGUGUGUGGAUGCGUUGGCGUGGAUGUGUGGGCGUGCAUGCGGUCUGUGUGGUGCGUAUGGUAGCGCACCUACCGGCGGGCACACGCGCCCGAGGAUAUGUUGCACGCAGGCAGGUAGCGGUCGCUGCUGGCUAGUGGAUGGUCGGCCGGUAGGGGGGGGGCUGCCUCUUGGGCUACCGGCGUGUUUUUAGCGACACGGCUGCGCCCCAAUGAGGAGUGUUGGACUAUGCGCACGUAGGGCCGCCGAGAAGCGGGAGUAGUGUUGGGACAUUGCUCGCGAGGUGCGCAGUUGAGCGCGGUUACCUAGGGCAAGCAAAACGAGUAGGGGCGGAGAGCGCCUAGUGCGGUGCUGUUCGUGCGCACCUAAAUAGUGCCUUUACAAUGUCGUCGCGUCGCAUGCGAAUCAUGAUGUCAUGUAAGUGUGUGACAGG